AUGGAUUUUACAUGCAUCAAGCUGGCGAGGAUGGGAAAGAUUGCACACAACUCUCAGAAUCUGCCUUUGAAAAGAGGGGCAUGGAGUCCUGAAGAAGAUCAGAAGUUGAUAGCUUAUAUUAACAGACAUGGCAUUCGGAAUUGGAUUGAGAUGCCGAAAGCUGCCGGUUUGUUAAGGUCAGGGAAGAGUUGCAGGCUACGUUGGAUGAACUACUUGAGGCCGGAUAUAAAACGUGGAAACUUCAGCAUGGAAGAAGUGGAAACCAUACUCAAGCUGCAUGAGAUUCUUGGAAAUAGAUGGUCUGCAAUUGCAGCAAAAUUACCUGGAAGAACAGAUAAUGAGAUAAAAAAUUUCUGGAACACCCGCUUGAAGAAAAAUUACGUAAAGAACAAUAUCAAUACUGCAGCGCAAGCACCGAAACUGCAAGGAGCACAAACAUCCACUGUAGAAUUCAAGAAAUGGAAAUUAUCUGAAAUUGACGGUCGACUUCCCACUGCUCCAAAAAUAUUGAAGCCAGAAGACUUGGAGGGCUCACCGAAGCUGCCUAUCAGUUAUUUUUCUUCAAGCUUUAAUCUUGUGAAUGAUCUCAUAAUUAAUGAAAAUCAGAUCAUAGAAGAGAACGUUGGAUUACUUGAAUCAAAUGGAGAACAAUGUUUAUGGGAUCCGCAAUUUUCAACUGAAGGUCAAACAAGCAGGGUGGAAGAUUAUGGAGAUACUAGCACAGUUGAAAUGUGGGUCCAAGAACUAUUGCAUGGAGUCUAG